AUGGUGACCAUGGAGGAGUAUAAGGAGCUGAAGAAGCAAGAAAAGCAGUUAGUCGGCAUCAUGAAUGGCAUCGCGCGUUUUGUGAAUGAGUUCCAGAAAGGAAAGCACGAAACCCAAAUUGAUGUCCGCCUGGAAACCCUAGAAGAGGCCAUGAAGAAAUUCUACAGUGUUCGCCGGAAAAUUGAGCUGUUUUUCGACGAUGAAGAUAGUGCUAGUGAAGUGAAGAUAGCUGAAAAUACCCGGUCAGAACGAGAAAAACGGAAGAAGAGCUUCGAGGAGUCGCUGUACAACGUUCAGGAGCAAUACUUCGAAGUGAAGGCCGCGUUGAUUCAGCUGCGGCCAAAAAAGGAGACCCCACGAGCCACCAUCGAAAAUGCAGUUGAAGUUCAGCCAGUGUCCCGUGUUAAAUUGCCAGACAUCAAGCUUCCGAGCUUCAGUGGGAGAAUCCAGGAUUGGACAAGCUUCCGAGAUACCUUUCGAAGCCUGAUCCACAACAAUCAGCAGCUGGCAGACGUCGACAAGUUUACUUACUUGCGGUCUUCGACCACCGGUGAAGCACUUCAAGAGCUGAAUUCGGUAGAGCUAACGGGCGACAACUACGAGGUGGCUUGGAAAAUGUUGGAGAAGAAGUACGAGAACAAGAAGCUCAUCGUGAAGGCCCACCUGGACGCGUUGUUCGCCGUUGAACCAAUGCGCAGAGAGAAUUGCGAAGCGCUAAGUCACAUCAUCAGUGAGUUCGACAAAAAUCUGCUGAUGUUGAACAAGAUUGGGGAGCAGACGGCCAACUGGUCGACGAUAUUGGCGUACAUGGUGUGUUCUCGUCUCGACCAAACCACUCUCCGCAACUGGGAGACGCGCCACAACAGUAAAGACGUCCCAAAGUACGACGACCUAAUGCAGUUUUUGAGGGAUCAGUGCGCAGUGCUACAAUCGAUAGCCCCCGCAAGGGUUCACGAAAGCGAUAGACGGCCUAGGCUCUCAACGACGCACACUACGUCCCAGGCUCAGCGAAGAUGCUUGUUUUGCGGAGAUUCGUACCAUCUACCGUUUAAGUGCAUCAAACUGCAGAACAUGAACGUGGCUCAGCGAGUGGAAGAUAUCAACAGAAAACGACUUUGCAGAAACUGUUUGACAGCCGGGUACUUCGCUGAAGGCUGCACCAGAGGGUCGUGUACUCGCUGCGGGAGAAAGCACCAUACGUUGCUGCACUUUGACAGGCCAUCGAGCAGCGGUAAUCCAGCGAAGCCAUCAGUUCCUGCUAGUGUCCCGCAGUCCGUUCCACAAGCGCAAAACCGGCCAAAUUCAGUUCCAACAGCGCACCAGCAACAGCCACAGCAAAUUCGUUCGAAACCACAGAGCCAGACACAAACACCAUCCACUCAACCAGCCACACAGACACAACCCACAUCAUCAUACCCGGUGAUCCGCUCACAAAACACUCACCCACAACCCACCACUGACCCACAACCUGCAAUUUCUCUCGAAACCACUGAAUCACCGCACGGCUUUGGCACGACAACUCGUCAAGUGUUGAUAUCAACUGCUGUCGUGAAGGUGGUAGAUCGUUUUGGAAACACCGCACUAGCCAGGACACUUCUGGAUUCGUGCUCGGAGUUUUGCUACAUGACCAGUAGCUUCUCCAAGAAAUUGAAGUUCCAGGCCAAGACGAAUUUUCUGAAGGUGCAAGGUAUCGGAAACAGCAGCUCAACCUCAACGAAAUCUGUGGAAGCGAACAUCGAACCAAGACACUCGUCAAUCUCCUCGUUCGGUGAACUGAUGCAGUUCCACGUUUUGCCGAAAAUCACCCAAACGUUGCCGCUCAAACCUGUGCGGAUGAAUUCGCUGGAGAUUCCAUCCGAAAUAGUUCUAGCAGAUCCCACGUUCGGAGAGCCUGGUCCGAUAGACUUGAUCAUCGGAGCAGAGUUUUACUUCGACCUACUGCGGACCGGAAGAAGAAAGCUGAGCGACAGCGGACCAACGUUACAAGAAACAGUCUUUGGCUGGGUCGUGUCUGGAAAGAUUCCGGAAAUAGCAAGCUCGCUUCCCACAACAGCGAGCUACGUGUGUUCGACAGCGGACCUCCAGGAAAUGAUCGCUAGGUUCUGGGACUUGGAGACCUGUCAUGUCAACCGGACUCAUUCGGUGGAAGAAACAGCCUGUGAAGAAAUGUUCAAGCAAACAACGACUCGGGACGAAGAAGGCCGGUUUGUGGUAAGCCUGCCAAAGAAGGAGCACAUGCUGGAGCGGUUAGGAGAGUCCCGUGCAAUAGCCAUGAAGCGGUUCAUCGGCUUGGAGAAGCGGUUCGCCCUGAACGCCGAACUUAAGGAGUCCUACAAGGAGUUUAUCCAUGAAUAUCUCCUGAUGGGCCACAUGAAAGAAGUCGACGGAGAGCAAGCCAUCGGAGAUCCGGUGUACUACAUGCCGCAUCACGCGGUGUUGCGACCGGACAGCACAACAACAAAGUUGAGAGUCGUUUUUGACACGUCGUGUCGGACUUCUAGCGGCAUCUCGCUCAACGACGCUUUGAUGGUGGGGCCGGUCGUUCAGAACGAUCUGAUAUCCACAAUUCUCCGAUUUCGUCAACACCGGAUCGCCGUCAUCGCCGAUGUAGCCAAAAUGUAUCGGAUGGUCCGGGUUCCAGAGGAAGAUCAACAUCUACAGCGCAUCCUUUGGAGAGACACACCGGAGGAAUCAGUGAAGACGUUUGAACUGCUGACGGUCACGUAUGGCACUGCGAGUGCUCCGUAUCUGGCCACAAGGUGCCUGAAGAAGCUGGGAGAAGACAGUGGAUCUACGCAUCCGAUUGCAGCUCGGGUUGUCCAAGUGGACUUUUACGUCGACGAUAUGUUGUCAGGAGCGGACACCGUCCCCAAAGCACGGCAGCUGAUGAACGAAGUCAUCGAGCUGACAAACACGGCUGGUUUCACCCUGCGAAAGUGGAACUCAAACUCAGCAGAGCUGCUUUCGACCUUGCCCAAGCAUCUACGAGACGAGCGGUCAGUCCUGGAUCUAGACUCCUCAAGCGCAACGGUCAAGACUCUGGGGCUGCGAUGGGACACCCAGUCCGACGAUUUCUGCUUCGCUUUCCCCGAGUGGAGAUCCAAUUCCUCCUCCAUCACGAAGCGCAGUGUUCACUCCGACGCUGCUUGUUUCUUUGAUCCACUGGGCCUGGUUGGGCCAAUUGUAGUCCAAGCGUAA